GCCUCCGCGGCAGCAGCAGUUGCAUAAGAGGCAGCAGCUGCUGCAUCGUCAGCACCUCCCUCCCUCCUCCCUCCCCCACGCGGCGGCACAAUGGCGGCUCUGGAGCAGAACCCUGCUGACGAGUUGGUUGAUUAUGAAGAAGAUGAGCAGCAAAACGACGCCAAGGAGAAGGGCGUCGGGGAGGAGGUUGUCGGCCGAGGAAACUACGUUUCGAUUCAUGCGAGCGGCUUUAGGGAUUUCUUUCUCAAGCCUGAACUCUUGAGGGCUAUUGGCGACGCAGGGUUUGAGCAUCCCUCGGAAGUACAGCACGAGACGAUUCCCCACGCGAUUACGGGUGUUGACAUUCUGUGCCAAGCGAAGAGUGGCAUGGGUAAAACUGCGGUAUUUGUGUUGUCCAUCUUGCAACAGCUGAACGUGGAUAGCGCUGCUGCUGCCGCCCCGGCUGCCUCGGCCCCUAAGCGUGCAGGAGGCGAGACAGCAGAGGGCUCUGGAGCUACAACUGCGGCAGCAGACAGUGCAGUGCCCGGCGUUGUCUGCCUGGGUCUGGCUCACACCCGCGAGCUUGCAUUCCAGAUAAAAAACGAGUUCGAGCGAUUCAGCAAGUACUUGAAAUACGUGAAGUGCGAAGUGGUGUACGGCGGUGUGCCGAUCCAAAAGAACAUUGAAAUGCUCUCCGACCCAAAGAGGGUCCCUUCCAUCCUCAUCGGUACACCUGGCAGGUUAUUGGCCCUUCUUUUGGGGAAGCACCUUGACCCCAGCAAAAUAAGCCACUUUGUUCUUGAUGAAUGCGAUAAGUGUCUCGAGAAGCUCGACAUGAGGAAAGAUGUCCAGUCGAUCUUCGUACUCACGCCAAAGAAGAAGCAGGUAAUGUUCUUUUCGGCGACGAUGGGGCGCGAAAUGCGCGCGGUGUGCAAGCGCUUCAUGCAAAACCCGGUGGAGGUAUUCAUCGAUGACGAAAGCAAGCUUACUUUACACGGGCUCCUGCAGUACUACGUAAAAUUGGCCGAAGCUGACAAGAAUAGGCGGCUCAAUGAUCUCCUUGACUCGCUGGAGUUUAACCAGGUCAUCAUCUUCGUCAAGUCUGUCUCCAGGGCCCAGGCACUCAAUAAACUGUUGACUGAAUGCAACUUCCCCUCUAUUGCCAUUCAUAGAGGACUCGAUCAGGAAGACAGGAUCAACCGGUACCAGCAGUUCAAGAACUUCGAGAAACGCAUAAUGGUGGCGACCGAUCUCUUUGGCCGCGGAAUUGACAUUGAACGAGUUAAUAUUGUCGUCAACUACGACAUGCCGGAGAGCAGUGACUCCUACCUUCACAGGGUGGGGCGUGCUGGUCGCUUCGGUACGAAAGGCUUGGCGGUGACGUUUGUGGCGAGUCAGGAAGAUACCAACGUCCUGAACGACGUGCAAACCCGAUUCGAAGUCCACAUUCCUGAGAUGCCGGCUGCAAUAGACGCCUCCCAGUACAUCAACCAAUGA